AUUUCUCCUGUGCACGUGGAAGCAAGCACCCCAAAAUGGACUUGUUCUGGUUUUUAAAACGAAUGUCAGGGCCAAGGGGUGAAUUAUACGGAAUGAAAAAUAAUGCAGGCGGUCAAAGAGACAGCGGCCAACGUCGGGGCCUCCGCUGUUGCGGGGCUGGAGAAAACCAAGGCCACCCUCCAUGAGAAGAUGGAGAGGAUGAUAACCUUAGAUCAAGUGGAGAAAGAAACAGCAACUCAAAAGAAAGAAAUUAGGAUUAAGGAGGCAGAACUCAACAAGCGGGAGGCUCGUCAACUCAAUGC